CUCAGAUUUUCGCCUUUUUUGUUUCUCUCUUUUCAUUUUCCUCUUUCGCUCUCUCAAUCUCUCUUUAUAUUAAUCUCAACCCUAGAACCCUAGGUUCUCCUUUUUCCUUCGCCGUCUACGGCGGCGACUCUCCAGACAGCCAUCGGUGCUUAAAUCUGGCCGUAUUUUCAUCCAUCGCCGCCGCAACAAUCGCCGCCCCUGGAUCCGAUUCCGUCGUGUCGACGUUUCGGAUUCGGUUUGAACAUACCAUUUUCUCUGGAUUUACCUUCGGAAUUUACGUUUUCACCCUUUUCGUUGCUAAAGUUACUGGCAUUCACCGUCUGCUUCUUCUUCGUUGUUGUUUUUUUAACCGCACCAAGUCCUUUAUUAUUAUUUUCCUUUUUUAGUUAUUUUCCUUUUUUUUUUCUUUCUUUUUUGUCCUUUUCCUCUUAUCUUUCACGAUUUAAAAUUUGUUACGUCCGAAACGUCCAACUCUAGUGAUUUGACGGGUGAACCUUUUUAGGAGUCGGAAUUUACGAUUUUACCAUUUUGUAGUGCCACGUGGCAUGAUCUAAGGCUGAAGAUGAGUAGUGUUCACUCACGCACCACCACCACCAUGUUGCCUCCUGGGGCGUCUAGGAAGCGGAAGGAAGUUGAGGCGUUUGUGAAGCCGAAAGCUGUGGGAGCCGACUCCGUUGUGUCGAAUCGCCUUCUGGCUGGCUACUUGGCUCAUGAGUUUCUCAGUAAAGGCACUUUGUUUGGGGAGAUAUACGAGCCGGCUCGAAGUGAAGCCGUUGGAAUGACUUGCUCGCGGCCAGCCGAGUAUAAGAAGACGAAGCCGGAAGCCGCUGCUGCGCCUAGUGUUGAAAAGGAAAAUCAGAGCUAUGCUGAGGUGGCAAGCAUCUUGAAGAUGGAGGGGGCCCACUUGCCUGGGAUUGUUAACCCGGCCCAGCUCGCUCGGUGGAUUAAAAUGUAACUGCUUACGUGGCGUCAUUUCAUUGGCUGUAAAUUUUAGUUUCUAGUUUGCGUUAAUAUUUCCCAUUUCUCAAAACUGCAAGGAUUGGGAGAUGAGAGACGAGUUUCCUCUCUCUCUCUCUCUCUCUCUCUCUCUCUCACUAAAAAUGCUUUCUGGAAAUUUUCUCUUUCUUUUAUGUUCUCUUGAUUUUCAUAUCGGCGUAGCGAAAUCUGUUACUGAUCAAUGUAUAGGACUGAGUUUGGAAACGGAGAAUCGAUAUUUGGUUGCUUCGGUUUCUGAAAUGCAGGUCUGUAAUGGAUGCAUGAAUAUAUAGCUUUGAAAUAUUGCAUCGAUAUUUGCAUUAGAAAAUGGAGUCACGAUGAUUGAGGUACGUACGCUGUUAAAAUAUUGUGCGCCUUACGAAUUUAUUUAGUUAUAUGUGGAUCGAUGAAUGAUUCCUCUCGUGUUUGUUCUAAAUGAUUGGUUCGAUCGAUCAUCUUUUAUUUAGUCGGCACGGCAGCCAUUGCUGUCAAGGUUCGUUCCUCUGUCGUGCCAAUUUAGAAUUUGUAUCAUCCUUCGAUUUUCGAUGGGAUUUUUUUCCGUUUCCGUCGAUAUAUUGCUUUGUUUCUUUGGAAGGAAACCGCAAUUAAUCUUGUAAACAUUCUUUGUGGAAGAAUGUCGGAUGAUCAGAUACUCGAUUCCGUCAUAUGCAUUAACAAGUUCUUUCACAAAGACCUUGUUAUGGCCUUAUAUAAUCCGAGGGAAUUUUCUC